AUGAGCAUGUGGGAAAUUGUGAAGUUCAGUGUGAAAUGUGGAGGGUAUUGGGUGAAGAAUAAUAGAGGCUAUGUUGGUUAUAUUGGUGGUGAGGUGAGGACCAUCAACUGUAAACCGGAGGAGUUAUUUAACGCAUUGGCAGAAGAGUUUGGAGAAAGAUUAAAUGUACAGCGUGUGUGGUAUAAGCUCCCUAAUGAAGAGCAUAAGGAUAGGAAGAUAAUGAGCAAUGGUGAUCCAAUGUUUCUGAACAUGUGUGAAGCGGGUAAAUGGAGAGGAAUGAUUAAUAUAUUUCUUGUGAACACAACAGAGCAUUGUGAAGUUGAGGAGCAAGUGAUGCCAAGUGAAGAAGAGAUUAGAAUUGAAAAUAAUGUGGCUAGUUUUGUUGAUGAAGAUGAGAAUUUUGAUCAUCAUAAUACUCCUCCUAAUUCUGAUGAUGAAGACAACGAGUCUUUUGUGAGAUUCAGACCAGGAAGCGGUGAGCUGGAGCUAAGACAAGUGUUUGAUACCAUAGAAGAGUUCAAAGAGGCAGUAUUGGAGUAUGCACUAAAAGGUGGAUGGAAUAUCAAGCUAAACAAAUGGGGGGAUAUCAAAUCAUCAGUUGUUUGUGGGACUAAAGAAGACUGCCCAUGGAGAAUAUAUUGUUCUUAUGAAGAACGAAUAGGGAAGUGGAUGGUGAAGACUUUUAGUGAUAAGCAUCGCUGUCAAAAAGAUGGAUACUGCAAGUUAUUAAAAUCGGCUGUGAUUUGCAAGUUGUUCUUAAAUGAUAUCAGAACUGAUCCUGAACUAAAACCGAGGUUUAUUCAAGAUCAGAUUGAGCAGAGGUAUAACUUGAUAGCAACCAUAGACAAGUGCAAGAAGGGAAAGGCAAAAGCAAUUGAUAUCAUCAAUCAUGACCAUGAAGAACAGUUUUCUAGGCUCAAAGAUUACCGUUUGGCACUUCUUGAGACAAACCCUGAAUCAACCGUAAUCCUUGACACAAUUUUGAAUGAUGAUGGAGCCGAAAUAUUUCACAGGUUUUAUGUGUGUUUUGCAACCAUCCGAACUUUGUGGUCAAUGUGGUGUCGUCCUAUAUUUGGUGUAGAUGGCUGCUUCAUGAAGAGCACUCUAAAAGGACAGCUACUAGCUGCUGUGGGAAGAGAUGCCAAUAAUGGUAUGUACCCAAUCGCAUGGGCUGUGGUUGAUGUGGAAGAUGAGGACAAUUGGACAUGGUUCUUACAGAGGCUUAAGUUGGAUUUUAAUCUCCAAGAUGGUCAAAAUUAUACGCUGAUAUCUGAUCGACAAAAGGGUUUGUUGAAUGCUGUGGAAAGAAUCUUGCCUAACGUUGAGCAUAGAAUGUGUGCUCGCCAUAUAUAUGGGAACUUGAAGAAGCUCUUCCCCCGUCAACAUGAGAUAAAAACCCUGUUUUGGCGAGUUGCUGAAAGCUGCACACCUUGUCGCCAUGCCUUACGUAUCAUCACCGAGAAGAAGCUGAACUAUGAAGAUUAUAUAUCUUCUUUUUACCUCAAUUCAAGGCAGCAACAGAUUUACAGUGACUCUAUACGCCCUGUCAAUGGAAUGUGCUUUUGGGACAGAACCGGUGCUUCAGUUUUACUACCUCCAAGUUUGGUUGAGAAUACUGAGAACAACAGAGGAAGAAAGCCAAAGCCAAAGAGGAAGAAAGGAAGGAAUGAGUCGCCAACAAGGAAGAAGGUCAGUAGGGAUAAGAGAAUAAUGCAUUGUGGCAGAUGUGGAGUUGCUGGACACAAUGCAACCAAGUGUCCCAACAUUGGUGUUCCGAUCAAACAUAAAUAUGGAAGGAAGAAAGCUUCGACGGGAAGAGUAGAGGAACAUGACCCUAUUAGUGAAGACUUCGGAGAGAGCCCAAGUCAACAAACCCAAGACUAA